AUGCCGGAAUCCUCGCAGCCAUCUAUGGCGAACGUCGCUACUGCCUGUGCCAUUAUCGGACUCGUCACGGGCUACUUGCUCGGCCAAGCCAAGUCACUGGGUCUAUUCGGCGGCAGCCCUAUCUCUGCACCGGCAGAACGCAAGCAGAAAGCUUUGGAGUUGGACGAGUCUAGCGACGAGGAUGAUGACAAUGCACCGAGCGAGUUCCCCGGCCACAACGAAGAGUGCAAACUCGUGCUGAUUGUGCGGACUGAUCUUGGAAUGACCAAAGGCAAAAUCGGCGCCCAGUGCGGGCACGCGACGCUCGCGUGCUAUAAGCAGUUCCUUCGGCGGUCACCCAACUCGGCGGUUCUGAAGCGGUGGGAGCGCAGCGGGCAGAUGAAGGUGGCGCUACAGGUCAAGAGCGAGGAGGAGCUCGAGGUUUUGCAGGCGCAGGCGCUGAGCUUGGGAGUCGUUGCACAAAUCAUAUACGAUGCAGGGCGGACGCAGAUUGCGAGCGGGAGCGCAACGGUGCUGGGCAUCGGACCGGCGCCGAAGGGCGUCAUCGACCAGGUGACGGGAAAUCUGAAGCUGCUAUGA